AUGCAGUUCAAGGCGACCUCGCUCUUUGCGCUCCUCGCCAUGCCCAUUCUUGGCGCAUUGGCUCAGGAUGAUGCUUCGGUCCCCCCUGUCGUCGAUGAGGCUGAUAUCGCCUUCGACGCGACCGCCGCACCCUCCACGCUCCUCGCCGAUUUCGAAGCCACCUUCCCCGAGGCUGACAUCUUCGGCGUCAAGCUCAUCAACGGCAAGCCCACCAAGGCCCUCAUCGAUGUGACCAACCGUGAGGAAGGCUACAUCUCCGUCGAGUUCAUCACCGGCGUCCUGGCGACCCUCAAGCAACUCCCCCCUGACUCGCCCCCCAUGGCCGCUAUCGUGAAGAACCUCACCGCCGUGUCGUACGGGGCCAAGGUUGCGCCCGGCGAGAAGCUCAGCUUGCCCUACUCGUUUGCGCUGGACAUGUUCCCCCAGGAUGUCGAGUUGAGGAUUCUCGCCGUUGUUUCGAACUCGGAGGGCGCCGUUUUCCAGGUUCAUGUUGGCAACUCGACCGCUAGCAUUGUUGAUCCCCCGGUCAGCAUCUUUGAUCCUCAAAUCAUCUUCCUGUACCUCUUCCUCACUGGUGCCUUCGCUGGAACUCUCUACUUCGUCUACAAGACCUGGAUCGAGGCCCUGUUCCCCCAGGCUCGCCGCGCGCCCCGCAAGACCAAGAAGGUCGAGCCCGCUCCCGACGCUAACGUCUCCGGCUCUGAGUCCACCGGCGUCUCGACUGGCAAGGCCUACGACGAAAGCUGGAUUCCCGAACAUCACAUUCGACCUGCCGCCAAGCGCACCAAGAAGGGCCGCUCUGAGUAA